UUGCAAAUUACUUUUCGAGCAACCUGAAUAGUUUUCUUAGCCGAAGAAACAGGUGGGAAGAUUUUUCUCCUCAGACAGUAAACAUCUUGUAGUCAGUGUUAUGGCGUCUAGGGAGGGAGUGUAUUUUUACCGAGGCUCACAACAAAUACCACUUCAGAAUUAACCUGUUUCGAAAUAUACUUGCCUGCCACAAAUGAUGAUGACUGUUUUGUUUUAUCGCUUUUACAGAAUCAUUUGGAAGCUAUAUACCAGGACGUCAUGUCUGGCCCAGCAUUCAACCGUGUUAUGAAAGAGCUAUCCAACUUGAUAAUGGUCUCAGACUAAUGGACAGUAAUAAAGAACUGGAUGGACAAGAAUUUUGAGCCUAAUGUUGAUCACGGAGACCAUGGAAAUGGUGAUCCGGAUGAAGAGUUUGACGAGAUGACAUUUGAAGAUUACAUUCCUUUUAAAGUGGAGGCUACAUAUGAUGAAGACAUUUCAGAACAGAAGGAUGACAGUACUGGUCAUGUAAAAGGAAAUGAAAUGGAAGCACAGGGAUAUUUUGUGCAGGAGAAUGCUGAGGGCAAGAAAGGGAGAAGUGGCGAACGCAACAGAUCUUUGCGGAGUAGAAGUCAUGCAGCAGCUCGUCAGCAAUUACUUACACUCAAGAAAGAUGAUGCAGCUGUGAGUAAUAUUCGCCGACAAGCACCACAACGAAGUGCCCAGAAAUUUCCUGCAGAAGAUGUAACUGACAAAACAAGACCAUAUGGGUGUCCUGAUUGUGGAAAGGCAUUUGUGUCUUCAUCAAAAUUAACCAUACAUAGAAGAAUACAUACUGGUGAAAAGCCCUAUGCAUGCAUAGAAUGUGGUAAAACAUUUGUGUCUUCCUCGCAGCUGAGCGUUCACUUCAAAACUCACACUGGUGAGAAACCAUAUAAAUGCAUAGAGUGCGGCAAGCGUUUUAUUUCAUCAUCCCAGUUAACAGUUCACAUACGUUCACAUACUGGUGAGAAACCAUUUCCUUGUAAGUUGUGUGGUAAAGCAUUUGUUUCAUCAUCCCACUUGACUGUCCAUAUGCGGAUCCAUACCGGUGAAGAACCAUUUUCUUGUGCACACUGUGGCCAGAAGUUUGCACGUUCCACAAGCUUGGUAGUACAUUUACGAAAGCACACAGGUGAAAAACCUUUUUCUUGUCAUGAAUGUGGGAAAACAUUUGUUACAUCAUCUCAUCUCACAGUCCACAGGAGAGUCCACACUGGAGAGAGACCAUUCUCGUGCGAACAAUGUGGAAAGGCAUUCUCUCAGUCGUCUCAACUAAAAUCUCAUUAUAGAAAACAUUCAGGUGAGAAACCUUUCAGCUGCAGCAUUUGUGGGAAACUAUUUGCCCAUUCAUCACAUCUAACAUCUCACAUUAGAGUGCAUUCAGGGGAAAGGCUUUUGUAUUGUCCUGUCUGCCAAAUGAAAUUCACAUCACAGUCUCACCUGGCACGUCAUCUUCCUUCUCAUUCCAGAGAUAGGCCAUUUAAAUGUGAAGUAUGUGGCAAGGGUUUCAAGCAUAAGUCUAAUAUGGCAAGGCAUGUUAUGAACCACUCAGUCCACACUGAUUCUUUAUGGCAAGGUUUGUUGCCAGUUACAGAGACAACCCAGGACAUUCAAAGUGACUGCGCACAUGUCAGUGAAUGUUCAGUGGACAGCUGAGUGCCACACGUGCAAAACAGUGUCUCAAACACACGGUAAUUUGUGCAGAACUGAUAUAUUCCAGCAUCACAGUUAGAAAGUAUCUGUCAGUAAUCAUUUGCUGUCAGUGACAUCAUAAAUAGCUUAGUGAAACUCUGAAAAAUAAAACUCAGUAACGAAGGUUUUAUUUGUCUCCAGGGCAUAAUGAGCAUUGUUUUCAGGUUUUGUUAUUUGUAAGUACCUGUGCCUUUGUGUAUCUGUUUGUAAUGUAUUCUGAAUGAUUUGUUACUCAAGAGUUGAACUUUGUGCACAAUGUAAAAAGUAUAAAAAUGAAUCCUUGAUUAAUUCCAGUUGAGAAGUGAAAAGAAGACUGUUAAAAAUAGAUGCAAUAAUAUGCUAUGGUAUUUAACUUGAGAUAAGUUUUGUGUUAUAAAUGUCAAAGAGCAUAUGUUUUUAUACAAUGUAACAUAUCAUUUGACUUUACAAACUGUAAGCAGUCAUGACUAUUCUUCUACUGACUGAUGUAUUACAUUUUCUGUAUCUAGUUUUAUGUGGCUGCUGCAGAUGUGGUAGGUGUUGGUGGGAGAGGUAGUAAGUCUCAAGUGUAUUGAGCUUCCUAUAGGCAUUUAUAUUGAAAUACAUAAUAAUUUGAGAGGGAAACUUGUAAUAAUGAUUUAGAGAAGUAAGAACUAUUUCAACGAGCUAGGUGAAAUUCUUAUGAACUAUUUGUGUGAAAAAUUUUGUUGUUUUGGAAUAAUGCUAUAUUAUUAUUAUUGAAGUUUUCUGUCACAAAAAAAUAUGCAAUUUUAAUGCGGAUCUGAUAGGAACAAAAUACCAGUUAUCUUCACAAUCACAUACAUUAUUAAUGUUUUGUAUGAGGAAUUUUCCAAAUUAGGCCAUAAAGACCGUUUCUUACAAACUAUAAAAUUCAAGUGGUGAAAUCUGACAAGGUUCUUAGAGAGAAUAUCUCUCUCUUAUAUAGUAGUAAAAUUAAAUAUAUGUUAUGAAUGGUGGUCCUUUUUAGGAACUGUUUGGUAGGAUGUAAUAGCACACAGAAGGUAGGUGUUGGGGAGGGGGAAUAAUGGAACAGGAGUGUGUUACUUUUAACACAGACAUAGCAUAUAACAGUCAAUAGCCAUAUAAAAUGCCCUGGGCCUCCUCACCUGAUGAAACAGAGAAAUUGCAGUGAUGGGAAGAAAGAACAGAGAGGAUAUACACAAAUCAAACAAAACAUUAAGAGAUAAAACAUUAAUUUUCUGGAGUAUGUUGUUAAAAACUGCCAGGUUGAAAUACAAAAUAAAAAGUUUGUAAAAAUUAAGAUUAGGUUAGGGGAAAUAGCAAUAAUAUUGGGAAAUGGUGGUUGGCCAGUACUUAUUAUCUCACAGGAAUGCUGAUGCUUUUCACUAGAAAAUAAUAGUGUACAGAGACUGGCAUUUCACUCAAAAAGCUCUAAUAAGAUAUAGUUGUAUAAAAAUGAAAAAGGGAACCUAUGACUAGUACAUGGAUGUGUGGCAUGGAGAGUGUUUACUAGCUAUUGAGCUACCACUCUUUUUAGUUUAAAUACCACUUUUACAGACACACCCAAGCACAUCCACCUACAGCUAUGAUGAAAUAGUUGCGUGUUGCUGCAACUGCAGGUGAAAGUCUUGGGUGUUGAAAGUGUGAACCAGAGAAGAGCAGUAGUCAAAAGCUGGAGGAAACGAAAUCUGUGCUGUUAAAUGCCUAUAUUCCAUGCAUUAAUCAGAUACAAAUGGAUAGCUGCCUUGCUUUAUUUUUGUUUGUUGUCUCCAUACUGAAAUUUUUGUCGUCAUAAUUUGACAUUUGAAUUUGUGCAAGAAUUUGAAGGUUUGUAAUAAUUGAUUUCUGUCAGGAUCCAUCAGAUGCUUUGUGGAAACAUCUUAAAUUACAGUCACCACAUAGAAUAGUAGGAAAAAAUGCGGUUGUAAUAAAAUAUUAUUAUUUUAUAUAUGUAAAAAAUCAGUGGGGAAGAAAAACUAUUGCAGUAAACAAGUACAUACCAAGUUUAAAUUGUAAUAGCUGGUAAAAUGAAGUGGGAAUUGUUACUCUGUACACAGACAUGUCAAAAAUGUGAACAUAACUUGGUCAAUGUGACUCAUGUUUUCCUGAUAUAUUAGUGAUGUACUGCAUUACAGAUAAAAAGAGAGCAAUAUAAGAGUUGUGACUUGUGAAGACUUUUUUAGGAUAUUCACUAGAAUCGUCAUUUCUCAGACAUUCAAAUGUUGUAGCAAUCAAUUUUCACACUAAAGAGUUAUAAUAAAAUUUUUGUUUUAUAAUGA